AUAAUGAUAUCAACAAAAGAUAAUCGUGGAGCAAGAAGAAAGAAAGAAAAACAAACUCCUAAGGUUGUAUAUUGUUAUAAUGAAGCUGAAAAUGCUUACUAUAAGGAAGAAACUAUCAAGUCUGACCUCUGGGAGUAUAUCACAGAUGCUCCUGCUAUUGAAUCCCCAAUUAGCAACCUCUUCGAUUAUUAUUAUAAAGAACGGCAAGAUCUUUACAAAAUUAGAAGUCUGAAGUCCAUGCAACAUUUUCAGCUCCAGCAAUUUCUAGUUAAUAACCUAGAUCUUUUUACCUGA